GAUUGCGGGUGAGGAUGCACUCGUGAAGCGUAAGCGCGCGCAGCUGAUGAAAGAGAUUGAGGAUCUGGAGAUGGGCCGUAAGAUUCUGACUUGAUGUGGGCGAAUGACGGCUUGAUGAACGAAUGCCAAAGCCCACAUCAUCCAGUCUCGCCACCACUCAACACCUCUUUCAGUACCAUCAACCACAACCGAAGACCACAAGUUUCCUACAGAUUUCAUCAAAUGGCCCUAAUCACACCUCACCAAACCCCUUGCACGACUCACCAAACUACCCGCAAAAAAACCCGUAACUCAAAAACCAAAGGCGUACACCCUCGCCCUCCCAAAACCUCUCGUAAAGAAGUCCCACCCGCCACACGCGCCUUUCUUACAGGCGCCGCACUCAUGGGCGGCAUCUCGCUGCACGAAUUCUCCCGUAAAACUGGAAUCCCGCUGUCGACGAUUUCAGGCAUCUUGACGCGUGCGCAGGAGCGUGCGAAAAAGACCGGGGUCCCGCUUUGGCAGCCUUAUUGUUACGGGGAUGGAAAAAGAGGGAGGGGUGUUAAGAAGGAGAAAGAAGGGGAGGAUGGCUGAGGUUCCUUGGAGAUGUUUUUGAUUUUUCCUUUGUUCUUUGUUUUCUGGUGAGUCUUCUUUGUUGGUCGAACCUUUGUUCUGACACUGCUUCUAUGGUGAACUCAUUCACCGAUGAGAAGAUGCCGUUUUCUCUUUAUCCCGGAUUGUCUUUUAGUCCCACGACGUAAAACAAUAGUGCAAGUUUGGAGGCACGGCUUCGACGAUAUUGGGACUUUCCUGUAUGCGUAAUUAGAACUUGGGUCAACCUUUGCUAAACCAGACUCAUUA